GGCCUCGAAAUUUCUUACAUUUUAGUAGGCAUGUUAGAAAUGGAGAGCGAAGUUCAUUAGUCUUGUUUUUUAAAUCGAAUUUGAGGAGGCACGGACGGAAACACGGACGGUGAGACGCUGCCGCCUUAAAAACAGGUUCCGUCCUAAGCAGCCUGCGAUGUUGAAAUGAAGCUUGAUGAAAAAAUUAUCUCCUAUUUUGAAUCUUGCAACUCACCAAUAGACAAAGAAGGGUACCUGUACAAGAAGGGAGAGAUAAAGACUUCCUAUCAGAAGCGCUGGUGCAUUCUGAAGGGAAACCUCCUCUUCUACAAGGACCGGCAGGCUGACCGGGACCUGACAGGGGUGAUUGUUCUGGAGGGCUGCACCGUCCAGCUGUGCGAGUCCGAGGAGCAGUUCGCCUUCUCGCUGGUGUGGAGCGAGCCGGGCCUGCGGACGUACAAGUUCGCCGCCGAGGACCAGGCCAGUCAGGAGAGCUGGAUCAAAGCCCUGCUGUCGGCCAACCACAGCUAUCUGUCCCUGCUCGUGAUGGACCUGGAGAAGAAGUACAGAGAUGCAUUAGGUGAGUUCUCCAGUGAACCAGCCAAGACGUUCACCAUGCCAAAUUUCAACACAGCAGAAGUGGGAUAUCCUGCGGCCUGUUUGAGCGCACAACCUUCAGCACUCUCUUUGUAUCCUGCACCAGGUGUGGGAGCAGGACCCAGCCUGAGCGCCAAUCAGAUUCUUCAAGCUCCAACCCUUUCAUCCAAAUCAGCUAGUAAAAAAUCACCCAAACUGUGGCCCAAGAGGAAUGCAAAUGUGGUGCCUAUUAACACUCCUGCUGCUCCACUAGGGGAGUGGUCAGGGGUCUGUUUAGGCACCAAGGAGGAAUUUAGUAAAUUGCAUGAAGAUUUUGGAAAAGAGGUGAAAGAACUGAUUGCUGAUUGGUCAAAGAGGGGCCGAGGAGAUGUUGUUGGGGAAGAAAACUUAAUAGAUUUUGGUUGAUAAAUGUGGAAUAUACACACUGUCUAAAUCCUAAUUUCAAUAACUGUUGCUGCAUUCCAAAGCUAUAAUGUAAAUAGGAAUUUUAACAAUAAUUGCUAAGAUUUAUUUCAUAUAUAUGUGUAUAUUUUGUUCAAGAGCAUACUGUUUCUAUUUUACUUGUUAUGACAGAGUCAAUAAAUGAUCCAUGAUCUCCUGC